AUGGAGGAAGGCAGCAAAGAGAACCCUGCCUGUGAUCAAGAGAAUUGUGACGAGAUCGUCACCAAAGAGCAGGAUGCGCCCACUGACAUCGUUUGUGAUGAAAUCAAAGGGCUGGACGCGAACAGAUAUGCCACGAAGAAAACGGUGGCGCAGGGCAUGCUGGACAUUGCCCUGCUGACGUCCAACGCGUCGCAGCUGAAGUACGUCCUGCAAGUCGGUCCUAAGCACGAGUUCUACACCCUACUAGUCAUCCUCAUCUCCAUAUCUAUCGUUCUUCAGGUGUUUUCAGCCGUAGUAGCAGUAGUGCUCAGCUUUAUAUUCAACAUCAACCAUCAGCCUGAUCAUCGGAAAGCGGAAUUAUUAAACAAUAUAAGUUUGGUGUUCAAAGUAUUCAGUAUUACUGUCAAUAUCAUCAUCAGCAUUUUUUAUUCGAUUCAAAUCGACAAUGAUGCAGCACGCUUGCUUACACAGACGUAA